AUCGAAUUCUACAAUUAGAAAAGAUCCAAGAAUUAGAACUGGAUUAAGACAACUAAAACAACAAUUAAACAGUAUAGAAACAAAUUAUAAAUAUAUUUCCCAAUUAUCAAGACAACAAACUAAUGAGCAUAUUCAAGAAAUUGAAAGGGUCACAAAUAGAAAAAUAUUAGAAGCAGAAACAGCAGAAGAUAAAAAAGCUUACUUCUACAAAACAAUAUCCGCAUUAACAGAAACAAAAGAUGCUAUUUUCUGGAAAAAUAGAGAUCUAGUAAAAGAUCUAGAAGAAGAAUAUAGAGAACUAUUAGGAGUAUCUUUAGAAAAUUUAGACAAAAUGUAUGACGUAGAAUAUGAGGAAAAAAAAAUGUUCCAAGAACAACAACAAGCCAGAAGACAAGGCUUGGAACUACCAGAACAUUACCACUGA